UCCUAAGCCCUUUGGGUCACCGACCGGACAGAUGGUGCUGGGCCUUGUGGCUCCAGGAAACGGGCAUGGAUUGGUUCUCCCAGCAAUUUUAUUUGCCUGCUCUUAGUGAAGCGCCGUGCUGAGCGCAGGGGCUGCACAGGUCACUGUGUCCCCAGUCCUUAGAGGUGCCAGGAUUCAUAUUAGAGCUGAAGUGAACGCAGCCCCCGAGGGGAGGACCUCCUCCUGGAAGGCAAACAGAUAAUUACUGCAGGGUGUGGUUCCUGGUUUCAGAGAAGAUGACAGAGGAACUGGAUCUCUCGGGACAGGACUCUGAUGUGGGGAGUGAGGAGGUGGUCCUGACCCCUGCAGAGCUCAUUGACAGGCUGGAACAGGCCUGGAUGAAUGAAAAGUUUGCCCCUGAGCUGCUGGAAAACAAGUCGGAAAUCGUAGAAUGUGUCAUGGAGCAGCUGCAGCACAUGGAAGAAAAUCUCAGGAGGGCCAAGAAGGGGGACCUGAAGGUCAGCAUCCAUCAGAUGGAGAUGGAGAGGAUCCGCUUCAUCCUGAGCAGCUACCUGCGGUGUCGGCUCAUGAAGAUAGAGAAGUUUUUCCCUCACGUCCUUGAAAAGGAGAAAACACGCCGUGAGGGGGAGCCUUCCAGCCUAUCUCCGGAAGAGUUUGCCUUUGCCAGAGAGUACAUGGCUAACACAGAGACCUACCUAAAGAACGUUGCCUUAAAGCACAUGCCUCCUAAUUUACAGAAGGUGGACCUCUUGCGGGCAGUUCCCAAACCGGAUCUGGAUUCAUACGUGUUUCUGAGGGUGAAAGAGCGACAAGAAAACAUACUGGUAGAACCGGAAACAGAUGAGCAGAGGGACUAUGUGAUCGACCUGGAGGAGGGCUCACAGCACUUGAUCCGAUACAAAACCAUCGCACCCCUGGUCGCUUCUGGAGCCGUACAGCUGAUUUAAAACUGGAAGCAGCUAACCCAGAGUGAGGACAUGGGACGUUAGAGAGCGUAUUUGGAAACCCCACGUGUCAGCCGGUGCCCGGGGACGGGAACUUUUCCCGGCAGUGCCAGGGGUCACUGGGCACUGAGACCCGCUCGGGGCAGGUCCCUUCCUGGCUGCUCCAGCCAGGGUCAGCCGGUGGGGUCAUUGCUCUGCUGACCCCGCGGCUAGGCAGGGACACGGAAGCGCCCUUCGUGGUGGUGUUUGAACUGAGGGAAGUGAGGCCGAGGGGUGCGUAGAAAGGCCUCGCUGCCUGUGAUGAGGGGACCGGUGGGCCCCGACCUGACAGCGGCAGGAGCUCUCCUUCGGCCCUCCCGGUGGGAAGAGUGUAAAUAGACGAAGCCGUGUGGCCGCCCCGUGUAGCAUGUCACUGACGCGUGUAAACUCACCUUCUGGAGCCUCUGCUCUCGCGCUUAAAGCCAGCUUCUGCCAUCCCCAGCUGAGCCUCACAGCCAGUACGCUAAUAGCUGGGUAUCGGUUUCAUGGCAGAGAAGGAGCCCACGGGCAGUUCCCAGCGUGUAGUCUAGCGAGGGGCGUCCUCCCCACGGCGAACCGCGGUCUCCCAGGCCAGCCUGCGGGCCGUCUGCCGGCCUUGACCGGGGCCCCGGGGGCCGAGCAGUAGCAGCAGCAGCUGUCCGUUUUGAGGCUCUUCACUUUCUCAGGGGAAUGGAUGAAAUUAAACUCGGUGAGUGGACAGCGUCUCGGUGACACCCGAGGAGGGAUGUAGACACAUGAAUCGUCUCGCCUUGAAACGUGAAUACAGAGCAACUGCCUUCCAGUCUUUCUUGCCCGAUGCAGAGGCAGAUUUUCAUCUACGUGAUGU